CUGCGCGCUCCCGUCAAGCAACGCACUCGCGUCUCAGAGACUGAGCGAGGCUGGUGGCGGAACAUCAGCGAGAGACUCUCCUCCGCCGAAUACGCGACUCUGUCCUCACAAACCGCAGGAAUGGCAGCCAUCCGUAAGAAGCUGGUGAUAGUCGGUGAUGGAGCUUGCGGGAAGACCUGCCUCCUGAUCGUCUUUAGCAAGGACCAGUUCCCCGAGGUGUAUGUCCCCACUGUGUUUGAGAACUAUGUGGCUGACAUAGAGGUGGACAGCAAACAGGUGGAAUUGGCACUUUGGGACACCGCUGGUCAGGAGGACUAUGACAGACUCCGACCUCUCUCUUAUCCAGACACUGACGUCAUUCUCAUGUGCUUUUCCAUAGACAGCCCUGACAGCUUGGAAAACAUUCCAGAGAAGUGGACACCUGAAGUGAAACAUUUCUGUCCCAACGUUCCCAUUAUCCUGGUGGGGAACAAGAAAGACCUGCGCAAUGAUGAGCACACACGCCGCGAGCUGGCUAAGAUGAAGCAGGAACCCGUCAAGUCCGAGGAGGGCCGGGAAAUGGCGGUGCGGAUCGCAGCGUUCGGCUACAUGGAGUGCUCCGCCAAGACCAAGGACGGCGUGCGGGAGGUGUUUGAGAUGGCCACAAGGGCGGCGCUGCAGGCUCGCCGCGGGAAGAGCCACAGCAAAUGUGCACUGCUGUAACGCGGUGCACGUCCUGGGACUUGUUCCAACCUGGCUUUGUUGUACCCUGUGGCCUGGGACUCGGGAGGGAACGGAGGAAUCACUUGGCGGGAGUGGGAGGACUGAAAUGACCCUGGGGACUCUUGGUUCAGGACGCCUUGAUGGGGGGGAGGGGGGUAUGUAAACCAUUGGACUUUUAAUUUGUGGGCUUUCCACAAGAAGUGUGAAGUGAACACCAGCUUGUCCCACUCCUCUCGGCCCACGGACCUCUUUAAGAGAUCCUUGCCUAAAAUCCCGCGGUCCGUCCCUGUUUGGACGUUCCGCCGACUGUGUUGUGUUUUGAUGACAAGGUUAGUUCCUCCCUGGGUGACUCGACAGGUCAAAGUGGCCACAAGGACUUGUUAACCCAACACAUUCAAGUCAGUUUGCCAGCCCGCGCGGACAAAUUCAUGGUAAGGUUAGGACGUGUUCGGGGUCACGCCUGCAGUUUUUAUACGAGAUCUCUCUUGAAACCUUUACCCAGACUUCUCUUCAGAUGCCAGGGUCUUACGUGUGCUGCUCACAUGUCACUGAGGCUAAUCCUGUGCUUACAGACGCUCAGCAGGUACGUGCACCGAGCCCUCGGCUUAUUCUUCCAUCCUGAUCAACCAGAAUAUUAGUAUAUAACAGUGGUUCUUAACCUGGGUUCCAUCGAACCCUAGGGGUUCAGCGGAGGUCAAGACACACCCGACUCAUCGUGUGAAUAAAAACUUCUCCCUAUCGGCGUAUUGCAGAUACGACAACAGCAGAAGUCAGACUGAUUUGCAGGUGUGUAAUUUGUUGUGAGUUUAUGCACUGUGUUGGUUUUGUUGUUUGAACAAGGUGAUGUUCAUGCACGCUUCAUUCUGUGCACCAGUAAAAAAAACAUGGUAACACUUUAGUAUGGGGAACAUAUUCACCAUUAAUUAGUUGCUUAUUAACAUGCAAAUUAGUAACAUAUUGGCUCUUAACUAGUCUUUAUUAAGUACUUAUUAAUGCCUUAUUCGGCAUGGCCUUAUUAUAACCCUAACCCUCUAACCCUAACCAAAAAACUCUAAAUUAAGUCUUUGUUACUUAGAAUAUGUUCCCCAUACUAAAGUGUUACCAAAAACAUAUAACUUUGUCUUGAAUUUGAAAAAAACAAAAAUGUUAUUUUUCACUAAAGAAGGGUUCGGUGAAUGCGCAUCUGAAACUGGUGGGGUUCAGUACCUCCAACAAGGUUAAGAACCACUGUUAUAUAACAACUCCUUUCAAUAUGAAACAAUCAGGACUUAAAGGUUACUUCAUUAAUACCCGCCCCAUUCCUCCCUCCUGUCCCAGGACCAAGAAGAGUAUUUCCCUUCCAUGCACACCCUUAUUCACUCCAGCCUGGAGGAACCCCUUUUUUUUAACUUCUCCAAAUAUUCAGUAUCUGCGUACUUUUGAAGGUAUUAAAGUAAAGUUAAAGUACCCAAUGACUGUCACACACACACUAGGUGUGGUGAAAUUUGUCCUCUGCAUUUGACCCAUCCCCUUGUUCAUCCCUCUGGGAGGUGAGGGGAGCAGUGAGCAGCAGCGGUGGCCGCGCCCGGCAAUCAUUUUUGGUGAUUUAACCCCCAAUUCCAACCCCUUGAUGCUGAGUGCCAAGCAGGGAGGUAAUGGCUCCCAUUUUUAUCGUCUUUGGUAUGACUCAGCCACGACCUACCGAUCUCAGGGUGGCCACUCUAACCACUAGGCCACUGAGUAGGUUAGUAUUUUCAAUCUUAAAAAAAAUGAUAAUUAGUAUAGUAUAUAUAUAUAUAUAUAUAUAGUAUUCAGGCUCUCUUCCAAUUGUUCUUCCCGGCCCGGAGGAAGCAGUUUAAUGCAGAAAGACUCUUGUAUUAUUUUCCGCUUUUUAAAAAAAAAAAAGAAGUCCUACUUACUAUAUUGUCAGUAUUUAAGAGAAGACAAAAGCAGGGGCGGUUAUUGCUUGCUGAUUUAGGACAGGUGGCCUGUCAGUCAUCCCAGGAGGAAGGCUGGAUUACUGCUAGGACCAGGUUUAGUCUAGACCAGUGCUUCUCAAACUUUUUUUUUUUUUUUGCCACCUCAGAAAACACUUGGCUCUCUAAGAACCAACAUUUAAAUACAGUAGCGUAUCAGGCCUAAGUAUUCAUUAAAAACAAGGCAGAGGUUUUAUUUAAUAAGUAUUCCGUCAGUCCACCCCACAAAUGUAGCUUACCACCACCAUGAAUGAAUGAUGAUGUAAUCCAUUAUUAUUAAGUGUAUUUCAUAUUUUUGGCCAGUGUUACGUUACACAGUUUGAACAGUAACACUGUUUGAAUAAUUAAUCCACUGAUUUUUUUUUACGACGGCCCACUAGGUGGCGCCUGCGGACGACGCCACACAGAACCAUGUAUAGAGAAGGGCCAACUGUUCCAAAGUUUGUAGCAAAUAUGGCGCCCUGUAGGCAGGUGAGGGCCUUUUGACCAAUCAGAGUCCAAACUUUAUCCAAUCCAAGGACGCGCUGGCCGUUUUGAUACAUUUUGUCCAUUAAAGAUGUAAAAACAAAUGAAUGUAUGUCAAUAUAUGCUAAACUUGCUGAACAAAACAUCUGUUAGAAGUAAUAAAGAGAAUUAGCGCAAUAUAAAAACAAAGGCUGACAAAAACGAGUUAACUCAUGCGAUUAAUCGCAAAGAUAUAUUGCAUUAUUAAUGUACUAUAUAUGCAGAUUAUCACAUUUUUUGCUUCUUUCCUUCAAUAAAUUCCUUUUUUUUUUUUUUUUUUUUUUAUUGACAUCCAGCAUCAGACAUUCCUAUCCAUUACAUCAUACUCACAUACAUCAUAUAUCUGUUGUCUGCCCUAAAUGUCAAAAUAUUUUGUUUAUAUCCCAACCAUACCACCCACCCCCAAAAUAAAAGAAACAGCAAAAAAAAAAA